GGUUCUGUGCUCAGAAAACCAGUUGCUACGACGCCUCUUUAAACAGAGAUGGCGGACAUUUCAAGAUGGAGUCUGUGGUACGACCACUCAUCCAUGGGGCCCUGGGGCUGGGUCAUUACAGUUCCCAACGAGCACGGAUUCUACAUCACUUCUUUCCUUUCGACCAUUUUGACGAUUGCGGGUGCGUCGGCGUGGAAUAUCAUAUCCCUUCUGAUCCACGCCCAUAUGGCCCGAGGAGGACCCACAACCGAUAUCUUCGGCCUUCAACAGCAGGUCUCGCUGCGCAACUCGCCCAGCGGCUUCCGUUCUGCUCUGGAUGCCAUAUCGCUGUUUAUAGCCUGGAGGCACACACCCGGCUAUAAACGCGGGCGGCGGACCUUGAUGGUCGCACUGCCGGGCGUUCUGAUAUGGGGAGCAUUUUUCGCCGCCUCGCUGCUGACCUCGAUGGUCGCGAACGAGGCAACAGACCGGGCCAUCGUCAGAGCCAAGCCCGACCGCUGUGGGUUCGUGGUCAACCGCCCAAACGACCAAGCAAUUGGCGACCCGGCCGAUCAAGAUGAAUUUCACGACCUCUUGACGGAGAAAUGGACCAACGAUACAGUCGAAGCACGCGCCUACGCCCUGUCCAUGCGAGACGCUACCCGAACCGCCCCUCUCAAGUCCAUCUUCAUGAAACCAAAGCUCGAAUACAAGCUCGAGACCAACGUGCCAUGCGCGCUGCCUAACAGCACAUACUGCCUCAACGAAUCCAACGCGACUAUCAGUCUGACAUCCGAGAGGCUCGAUUCUCAUCUCCAUCUUGGGAUCAAUGCGCCUCCCUCCGACCGCAUUGCUUUGCAGCACAAAGCGACAUGCUCUGUAGUCGAGAAUGAGUACUUUGUCACGGCAAGCGAGAGAUACAUUUCUUUUCGGCUUGGACCAACCGGGCUUCCCAAUAGCACCGCUCCCACAUACAGAUUCCCAAUUGGCCACUGGAACCAAACCAUGGGGUAUCAGAUAGACGUCACUUAUGGACUAGCCGGGUCUACUGACGAGGGCUUGUGGCAUCCGGUUGAGGGCAUUGCCAGAACCGAUGCGGACCAAGGAAUCAUCUUCCUCAGCCAGAACGGCGUCAGAUACCCGACCCCCGUGAAGGAUCUCUUGUUUAGGGCUGAUCUUCCGAGUGGCGGAGGUUAUUACGAGGGCAACGUGUGGGUCAACACGCUGGUAUGCGCAGAGCAAUACCGGUGGUGCAAGGCAUCGGAUGCGAGCGCUGGCUGCACAGAAUGGGGCGGUGCUGCCGCCUGGGCAAGGGACGCAACUGACCAAAAGAAAGCGCUGGGCCUCAAUGCUGCGCAGCGGGCUACAGCGGCAAGAAUCUCCUUUGACCCACGGUCCUCCAUCAGCAUCAUGGAUAGCGUUGUCGGCAUGAAUACUGCAGCUCUAUUCGCAAACAGCAAAGCACGCUUCAAUGUCCAGUCGUCCGGCCUUGAUGACAACCAGUGGCACUUGGAAGUUGCUGGCUGGUUUGAAACAGCCUUGGCUGACUACCAAGCCACUACCGACGAGUACGUGCGCAAGAGCAGCAAUCUCGACGUCCUCAAGGUCCUCUCCCCGUUCGACGACGUCGACGAGCUGAUAACCCGCCGGGGCUUCACCCACGACAUGAUUGCGACUCUGCAGUCACAGUGCAACAACCAGCUUAUCGAUGAUGCCGCCCAUAUCCAGAACUUUAGCAUGGUGGGAGUCAUCAUCAUCAUUGGGGUCUCGGUUCUGCUCGUCUUGACCAGCUUCUGGUUCGUCGAGAUCCUCGACUGGCUCAGCGACCUGCGACACCGGUACGAGAACUCGCGCACCAAGGUGGCGCGGCAGGCUGAUGAGAAGCUGCACCUUCUACGCUACACGAUCGAGGGCACUUCCGACGUUCCCAAGCAUUGGAGAAUAGCGAGGUGGACGGGCGUUCCUGUUUUGAUUGCGCCAAAUGGGAAUGAUGAGCUUACACGGCAGGACUGCACCAUGCAGCGUCCAACGAUGAAAGGUGACGAUGAGCUCGCCAGAUAUCACAAAGGCACGGAGGAAUUUCAGCAUGCAGCGAACUCAGAGUCGUCUGCCAUGCUGAACCAAUACACCAGUCAGGUCACGUACAUUGGUAAAUGAGGCAGGAUCAUUUGAUGCAGACGUACACUUUCUGCAUCUCUGCAAAUGCAAUAUCACAAUCACGUAGUCUUGCUAAGCCGCAUCGAUGUCAAGCUCAGUUGAUGUCGCAAUUAGCAGG